CUUUGGCAAAUGAAGGCGUGCACGAACUUUUGAUGAUGACACGACCAAUAAAGAAUUAAGACCAUCCAAACUUCCGACCAAGAAGCUUGAUCCCUUCUUACUCUUUCUUCUUCUUUCUCUUUCAACACUCUAAAAAACCCCAACACGACCCUACUAAACACUCUCUAAUCAUGCUAAAUCAUGCACCUCACUAAUCCCGGCUGAUCCUAAAGUUGAUGAUUAACGACCUGUCAAAAGAAAUAGUCAUUAGGUCACCGGGUUGGUCCAGAUCAGUCAGCGGUUUGGUAGAGAAUCCUGCAUCAUAAUGUAUAAAGCUUUUACUGAUUCAAAAUCAAAGAGCAGACACUAACUAAGAGUAUCUUUCUCCUUUUAUAGUAACUCGUGUGUUGCCUUCAAUCUCACGCUGGGGUCAAGAAACAAGUCACGCUUUCCCAACACCUUAUAAUCACUAAUGUCUCUGUUCCCAACUCUCCAAAUCAUGAAACUUUUCCUCAACUCUAUUUAUUUUAUUUCCUAUUUUUCGCCUUCAGACGCUAUAAAAACCAGUUGCAUUAAGCAGUAUCUUUCAACCUCAAAUCUCCUUGUCUCUUUCCAUUCAAGAUGACCAGUUCAGCUGUCCCGUCCUUGUUCCGGCUUAGCUUUCUCUUGUUCACUCUUCAAGUAAUGAAUAUUGGCAGGAUUGGCGCUGCAACUAGAUUCUACCAAUUCAAGGUACAAACAAUAAGACUCACCAGGCUAUGCCAAACAAACGAGAUUGUAACAGUCAACAAGAAAUUCCCUGGCCCGGCGAUAUCUGCUCAAGAAGAUGACAGAAUUGUCAUUAAAGUCAUCAACAUGACUCCCUAUAAUACCACAAUUCAUUGGCAUGGUAUUAAGCAAAAACGAUCAUGUUGGUAUGAUGGUCCAUCUUAUAUCACACAAUGUCCAAUUCAGAGUGGACAAAGUUUCACAUACAACUUCAAAGUGGCACAACAAAAGGGCACAUUUUUAUGGCAUGCACACUUUUCUUGGCUUAGAGCUACAGUAUAUGGUCCGCUUAUUGUAUAUCCUAAAGCAUCUGUUCCUUACCCAUUCAAGAAACCCUUCAACGAGCAUACAAUUCUCCUAGGAGAGUAUUGGCUUAAGAACGUGGUAGAGCUUGAACAACAUGUACUGGAAAGUGGAGGACCUCCUCCUCCAGCAGAUGCAUUCACAAUUAAUGGUCAACCAGGACCUAACUACAAUUGCUCCUCUAAAGAUGUUUAUGAGAUUCAGAUAGUACCAAGGAAGAUAUACCUGCUAAGACUGAUAAAUGCUGGUAUUAACAUGGAGACCUUCUUCACCAUAGCUAAUCACAGGUUGACCAUAGUGGAAGUAGAUGGCGAAUACACCAAGCCUUAUACAACAGAGCGUGUGAUGCUUGUACCUGGACAGACAAUGAACAUUCUUGUCACAGCUGAUCAAACCGUUGGGAGAUACUCCAUGGCCAUGGGUCCGUACGAGUCUGCAAAGAACGUCAAGUUUCAAAACACAUCAGCAAUAGCUAAUUUCCAAUACAUUGGUGCAUUGCCUAACAAUGUAACAGUACCAGCUAAGUUACCUAUUUUCAAUGAUAAUAUUGCUGUUAAGACUGUCAUGGAUGGGCUCAGAAGUCUAAAUGCAGUUGAUGUUCCAAGAAACAUUGACGCUCAUCUCUUUAUCACAAUCGGGCUAAAUGUAAACAAAUGCAACUCUGAAAAUCCAAACAACAAGUGCCAAGGGCCCAGAAAAGGAAGACUAGCAGCUUCAAUGAACAACAUAAGCUUCAUCGAACCUAAAGUCUCGAUUUUGGAAGCAUAUUACAAGCAACUGGAAGGUUACUUCACUUUAGAUUUCCCAACCACGCCGGAAAAAGCCUAUGACUUUGUCAAUGGGGCACCCAAUGACAUAGCCAAUGACACGCAGGCUGCAAAUGGGACCAGAGCAAUAGUUUUCGAGUAUGGGAGCAGGAUACAAAUCAUCUUCCAGAAUACUGGCACACUCACAACAGAAAAUCAUCCAAUUCAUCUUCAUGGACACAGCUUUUAUGUCAUUGGCUAUGGCACAGGAAACUAUGAUCAACAAACAGCAAAAUUUAACCUGGAGGAUCCUCCUUACUUGAACACUAUUGGAGUCCCAGUAGGAGGUUGGGCGGCAAUUCGGUUUGUUGCCAACAAUCCAGGGCUCUGGUUAUUGCAUUGUCAUUUUGACAUCCAUCAAACAUGGGGAAUGAGCACAAUGUUUAUAGUGAAAAAUGGCAAGAAGGUGCAAGAGAGUUUGCCUCAUCCUCCUGCAGAUCUACCAAAGUGCUAG